AUGUCCAUGGCCGUGCGGGAAGCAUCAUAUGUGGCAUGGAAGUGCAGCCAACAAACAGCUCUAACAAAAGAAAAGAUUUUUCUUGAUAUCUUUGUUACUUGCUAUGAGGUGAGCGAGGUUGUUCACCAACCGCGACGGCAACAAAGUUUGUUGAUUAUAAAGGGUGUUAAGUAUUUAUUUGAGGCGUUUGAGUUAAGGUGUUGA